GCUUAUUAUAUUCCCAAACAUAUGUUAUGAGGAAUAAUGAACGGUAGAAAUAAACUAUUUUUUUAAAUAUUGUUACGUUGAAGUCGUUGUUGGUACAGGUUCUUACAUUGCUUUGUAAAUAAACAAGCCAUUGUUUAAACAAAACCUUAUGCCAGGAUAUAAAUAUACAUUUAAUCGAUUCUAUGGACAUACUUAUCACUUAAAAAAACGAGUUAAAAGCGACUUAUGUUUUUUACAUCCUACAUCAGAUUCGUCUAUUACAGAGGGAUUCCUUAUCCUACUGGUCAACGAUCAAUAAAAUACCCUUCGGGUCUGUUAUCUCUGGCUUUAUGUCAUGGAGCAGUCAGUUGACACAAACAUAUUGUUAAAUGAAUGUUCGGAAUUGAAUCAUAUAAAACAAGAGAUCUUGGAAGACCUGAGCGAAGGUGAUAGCAGUAACGAAGACUACCUAGACGGGAGGGAGGUAUUACAAGAUUCUGUGAUCGAUGUCUUGGGCCUCAUCAAGGAGGAACCAGAGCUUAUAAUAAAAGAAGAGCUAGAUGCAAAAAAAGGCUCUGAAUGCAGUAUUGUACAUUCGUGUUAUUAUUGUGGAGAAGAGUUUACUUCUAUUAAGGCCAUCAAGAGUCACAUUAAACUGAGCCACAUUCCACAGUUGUUGAAACCUGGCUCCAACAAUCACAAAAGCAAUAUUUACCAGUGCAACAAAUGCGACUAUGUGUCCAGUCAAUCAGAUGCUCUAAAAAAACAUUUAAGUUGGCAUAACAAAAAAGUCAAGCCUUAUAAAUGUCCCCAAUGCGACCACCGCAGCGCGUGGCCUUACAAUCUCAAGAACCAUCUUCUCGCAAAGCACACCGAUUUGAAACCAUUCAAAUGUAAUUCUUGCAGGUACAGGACAGCACAUUCUGGCAACCUCAAGACCCAUGUGAUGGUACACCACACUCAUGAAAAGCCACAUCAAUGUGCGUUCUGCAAUUACAAAACAGCUCACGGAGGAAACUUGAAAACGCAUAUUAUGACUAAUCAUACCAACGAAAAGCCACACCAGUGCUUUAAGUGCAGUUAUAAAUCCACCUGGGCAACGGACCUGAGACGUCACAUCAUGUCUCAUCACAGCAAUGAUAAACCUCACCAAUGUACCAAGUGCAAUUACAAAACAGUUAAAUCGACAGACCUUAAAAAACAUUUACUCACUCACGGUGCCGAUAACAAGCCAUUUCAGUGUGAGAUGUGUGACUACAGCUGUAUUCAGCUCAGCAACCUCAAGUCCCACAUCAUGGUACACCAUACUCAUGAAAAGCCUUACGAGUGUUCCCAUUGCGAAUACAAAGCUAACCAAUACUUCGCACUCAAGGUACAUGUGAUGACCUACCACACGAAGGAGAAGCCUUACCAGUGUGAUAUGUGUGAUUACAGAACAGCCAAUCCCAGCAACUUGAGCGCUCACAAGGUAGCACGACAUGUCGACGAGAACCCGCACAAAUGUGACAAAUGCAGCUACCAGACGAAACGACACUCAUCGCUCAGGCGCCAUAUUCUCUCCCAGCACACCAAUAGCAAGCCCCACAAGUGUGCCCAAUGCGAUUACAAAACUGCCCAUCCUAGUAACCUUAAGAGCCAUGUGAGGCUAAUUCACUCAGAGGUGAAGCGAUUCAAGUGUUGUUUCUGCGAUUUCAAAACAUCUAUCGCUGUCAAUCUAAAAACACAUAAGAUGGCACACCACAAGGAUGAGAAGCCAUUCAAUUGCACCGAUUGUCCUUACAAAAGUGCCUACUUGAGGGACCUGCAGAGACAUAUUCAAGCUCGCCAUACCGACGAGAAACCUCAUCAGUGCCAGUUUUGUGAUUACAAGACCGCUUGGGUGCGAUCUCUAAGAAAUCAUAUGAAGAGGAAGCACAAACGAUAAAUAUGAAAAAAAGAAAGAUUUUGUUUUGUUUUCUUUAAGAUACAAUAUUAUUUUUGUUACAUAUAAAUAUAUUUUGUUAAUAUAAAAGUGUA